GGGCCCAAGUUGUUCUCCUCUCACAACAAAACCUAGUCGCGAGUCUCUCAACUCUCGUUCUGUUUCUUCUUAGCAAUAGUUCAUCACUCUCCGUUCAAACUGGUCUUCUGUUUUCGGUUUCCACUGGCCAAAGCGUAGGGACUUAGUUAGCUGUCAGUAUGAGCAACGAAUUUGGUGCUUUUAAAAGGGCAGAAGAAUACAAACCCGCACCAGAGUUUGAGGAAGACGAUAGGGAAUUGCUCGCUGAUAUCUCUUUGUCUGACUCCACUGAGCUUUGGCUUAUUCAAUGGCCUGCUAAUCAACCCCCUGAUUUUGAUGGGCAAGAGUUUUCUCUCCAACUUCAUCAUGAUGGACAUUUGGGCAGCUUUCAGGGUUCAUCUGGAAAAUCGUAUGAUGUGGUCAGCUGUGUGGCUCAAGAACCCGAGGCUUCUGUUUUUCUACCAUCUUCAUCAGACACCAAGUUAGUUGGAAAGAUUUCCCGGCGGAUAUCUCUCGUGCAUUAUCCAGAACCUGAAGAACUCGAACAGGCCACAGCUAUGAAAUCAGCGUUUCAGAAAUCUUCUGGAAUUUCGUUGACCACAUCUUCUCGUCAAACUACAUCCCGAACUCCACACUCGAGCAGUAGAAGAACAAGCUCUAGUAAACCAAGGAGUUCAGUGUCUGAAUAUGAGGAACCAUCAAAGCCUUCAAGUCGAAAACGGGAACCGGAACCUUCCGAGUCCAAAGAUCAUUUGAAAAAGGAUUCAUCGAAAAGAAAACACGCACAUGAACCUAGUAGAUCGACCGACCGGUCGACUCAGAAUUUGGGACGUAGUCAUAGUGCAGUAACUUUUUCAGGGGCCUCCGGGCAAUCUAGCGAAGGUAAAACAAAAAGGUAAAAGAAAUGAGGCUUUCUGCAAACUGGAAGUAUCCAUUAUGUUUUGACAGGUUACUAAAGUAUGUCCAUACUCUUAUUUCCCAUUCUUUUCCUUGUUUGGAUUGAAUUUUGGAGCAGCAAUUUUAUGUCAUGGGAAGUUCUCUCUCUUUCUCUCGUCA